AUGCCACCUAAACGUAAACCUGCAAGCCCGUCACCUUCCUCCAAGAAGAAACGACAGGCUAAGAAGGCCAAAGUCGAGGAGAGUGAUGAUGAUAUUUCCGACGACUCGCUCAGUCCCUCGUUCGAGAAUGACGAUGACGAGGAAGCCGACGACGGCUUACGCAGCGAAACACUACGCGAGAUCGCGCGCCUCGAGGCCGACGCGCGGGUCAAGGUCGAGGUCAUGGACGCUAAGAGCGACGCGAUGGACCGCAUCAACUCCAAGCUCGACGGCAUGAAGGGGUCCCAGUCCACCCUCCAGCUGCGACAGAUGUUCGAGACGCGCGUUAACCUGUUCGAGGACCUUGUCCAGAGCGUGAGCGCUGGGAAUGCGGCAACUACGCGUACGGCGCUUGAUGGAGCGUUUUUGAGCGCAAAGACGUAUUACGGCGAGACACGUCCCCAGGAGACGGGGCAGGCUGGCGAGGACGCGCGCGGUAUGGUCUGCACCGCGGCGGGGAAGGCGAACGACGGCGAUGCAUACCGCGAUGCCAUGGAUAUUAUCCGCUCCAUGCGCAAACAGGCACAGAAGGCUGGCUGGCGCUGGCGCUAG